AUGUCCGUCCUUCCUCCCGGUCACUUCCUCUUCACGUCCGAGUCUGUUGGUGAGGGUCACCCCGAUAAGAUCUGUGACCAGGUCUCCGAUGCUAUCCUUGAUGCUUGCCUGGCGCAAGACCCGUUCUCGAAGGUUGCUUGUGAGACCGCAACCAAGACGGGCAUGAUCAUGGUCUUUGGCGAAAUAACCACCAAGGCUCAGAUUGACUAUCAGUCCGUCAUUCGCAACACCAUCAAGCAGAUCGGUUACGACGAUUCGUCGAAGGGUUUCGACUACAAGACUUGCAACAUCCUCGUUGCCAUUGAGCAGCAGUCCCCGGAUAUUGCUCAGGGUCUUGACCACGGCUCACUGGAGGCCAUGGGUGCUGGUGAUCAGGGUAUCAUGUUUGGCUAUGCUACCGAUGAGACCGAGGAGCGCAUGCCCCUUACCAUCAUGCUCGCUCACAAACUCAACGCUGCGAUGGCCACUGCUCGCCGGUCCGGUCUUCUUGGCUGGCUCCGCCCUGACUCCAAGACUCAGGUCACCGUUGAGUACAAGAAGGAGGGCGGUGCCACUAUCCCCCUUCGUAUCGAUACCAUCGUUAUUUCCACGCAGCACGCUGAGGAGAUUUCUACUGAGAAGCUUCGCGAAGAGAUCAUGGAGAAAAUCAUCAAGUCCACCAUCCCUGCCAACCUUCUGGACGAGCGGACUGUCUACCACAUUCAACCCUCCGGCCGCUUUGUUAUUGGUGGCCCUCAGGGUGAUGCCGGUUUGACGGGUCGCAAAAUUAUCGUCGACACGUACGGUGGUUGGGGUGCCCACGGUGGGGGUGCCUUCUCCGGCAAGGACUUCUCCAAGGUUGACCGCUCGGCUGCUUACACCGCCCGUUGGAUUGCCAAGUCCUUGGUGUCUGCUGGCCUUGCUCGCCGCGCUCUUGUUCAGCUUUCCUACGCUAUCGGUGUUGCCGAGCCCCUCUCGGUCCAUGUUGACAGCUAUGGUACUGGUACUAAGUCAGACCUGGAACUCGUUGAGGUCAUUAAGAAGAACUGGGACCUCCGUCCUGGUAUUGUAGUGCGUGCGCUUGAGCUCCAGCAGCCCAGAUACCUCAAGACCGCCUCUUACGGUCAUUUCGGCAACCCCAACUACACUUGGGAGAAGCCAAAGCAGCUCGUCCUCUAG